GCUGGUCUCCCAGCAACACCGUGUAAAUAACAAGCUGCUCCUCUGUAGUGUUGGCUAGUGAGCAUGAGAGAGAGGAGGAGAAAUGAAUGAAACAUUAGUUUGACUCUGGGGUUUUUUUUUUGAGCUAGCUUAUCAAAGAGUUGAGGGUAAGAAAGAUCCCACGGCUAUUUACAGGUCAGACUGGCUGCUGAUGGUUGUUGGCAAUCAAAUGGGGCUUUUUGACAAGUUGGCAGGAUGGCUGGGGUUGAAGAAAGGGGUGAAUGUGCUGUGUCUUGGUCUGGACAACAGUGGAAAAACUACAAUUAUCAACCAACUCAAGCCCUCUAAUGCCCAGGCACAAGACAUCGUUCCAACUAUUGGCUUCAGCAUAGAGAAGUUCAAGACUUCCAGUCUUUCCUUCACAGUGUUUGACAUGUCUGGUCAAGGCAGAUACAGAAACCUUUGGGAACACUACUACAAGGAAGGCCAGGCAAUCAUAUUUGUCAUUGACAGUGCUGACAAACUGAGGAUGGUGGUGGCCAAAGAAGAACUGGACACAUUACUAAACCAUCCUGAUAUUAAACACAGGAGGAUUCCCAUCCUGUUCUUUGCCAACAAGAUGGAUGUCAGGGAUGCUUUGUCUUCAGUCAAAGUCUCACAGCUGCUCUGCUUGGACAACAUCAAAGACAAACCCUGGCACAUCUGCGCCACAGACGCCCUGAAAGGAGAAGGUUUACAGGAAGGAGUCGACUGGUUACAAGAUCAAAUAAAGACGAUGAGAACGUGAGGGCAUGAGGUCGAACACAUCAGAAGAAGAAGACAGAUCCUCUAGAGGGUUUUAUGAAAGUCAACUGGACCCUGUUUCCAGAGGUACCAUAGGGAAAGUCAUGUUUUUAAUGCAGUGUCUGGGUGGUUCUUGGAUAAGGGUGGUUCACCCAAAUAUGAGGGUGUAAUUCCAUUCUCUGGUACCAGUUUUGCCAAUACAAUCCAUCAAACGAUAGUGCUAAGUCAAUAAGAAACCAAUUAGAAACAAAUCUGUACUUUUCAAUAAAAGCAUUAUGAGUUAACCUGAUGAACACAGCUCUCCCAACGCAGUCAAAUGUGUAGAUCAUGAUUUUAUCCAUUUAUAUUAUUACUCCCAGUUCUCAAUAUCUAUGUGCAACAGGUGCUGACUUUAUUUUUAAGGGAGCAUAAAAUACAUUUUGUUGGGCGGUGUGAUACUCUGCAUGCUUUAGCCCUCAGACAAUCUGUGUGUCAGCUUCUCUGAAGAGACAGCAUGUAAACUCAAGGUCUUUUCCCCUUCAUCUUCAGCUUACAAAUAUAAACAUUAAAUAUGUUUUAAGCCUUUUGUGCUAGGAUCAUUAUUCAUCUCUUAAAAGCGUUGAUCUUCAAUUGUAUGGCAACACCACAUCAAUUCGCAUGAAUACAUCUAUUAACAUUUGCUGCCAAAGUCUCUGCCUCUCCCAAGCCUUUUAGCAUCAGACAGCUUUCUUUUAAAAACAUUUUGGAAAUAAUGUCAAGUAGACAGAAUCUGAAUGUAAUGGGGUAAUACAAACAAAACGACCUGCAAGAUAUGUCCUUUUAAAGCCAUGUCAAACUCGUGCCAGACAACUCAACUUUUUCCCUCUUUUUUGGAUGUCUUUUUUUAGUGUGUUAACAUAAAUUAUUAGAGGUUUGAAGCAACACAGCAAGUUUGUUUAGAAAAAACUUGACUCUGCUCCAGUCAAAGACGGCCGUAUGAGGUCAACAAUUACCAACAAACUGACCCAAUAAAAUAACAUAACACAAUUUUUAAAAGGUCAAAACCAAGGGAUUCAUUUUAAGGCGCACACAUACAGAACUAUGUCACAGGGUUAGGGUUAGUCAUCAAUUAAGACUGAAUUAACAAAACACACAAACAUAACAGAGGAACAAAUUCCCUGUCUGAAAGGCUUGAAAUAGUAGUCACAAGCUCACAUGCUUCUGAUUGACAAACCAGUGGAUCAUCCUGGGAAGAGAUGAGAAAACACAACAGAAAGGGGAAACUUACAACCAUAACACAUUCCACACAUUUACAUCUAAAGUGAAGCUAAGUUAUAGAAUCAUUUUACCGUGACAUUAGAAAAAAUCCCUUUAUUUUCCCUCCUGCUCAUACUUUAUGUUGCUGUAUUCCUGUUGUGUAGAUGUCACUUUCUUUUGAGUGGCUGUGAAUAUUUAACAACAGAUGAUAUUUUCUCCCUGAACCCACUAUGUUUAUUUUUGUAGAUUUUGGAACUGGUGGCUAAGUGCACAUGGCUAGCUUACUUUAAAAUCAAAACUUCUCUUUACUAAACUUCAUUUCAACUAGUGUUCUUAUUUUUGCCUUAUUUCAUUUCUCAAAGAAAAAAAAAGAACUGUCAUCAAAGUUAAUGCUUCUUAGAUUUCAGUCAUGCUACUUCAGUGAUUCAAUGACACAAUAGAAAGAAAAAAAAAAAACAUCUACUCAGACUGCACGACCCUUUGAUCCUCUUCUCCAUUCACUGACUAAAAGCUUGCAUUAAAAACCACUGCUGUGUAGAUCAGAGUGUGUGGGCACGUUUGAGUGUUGUCGAGCAACAGUUUUUGUCAAGUUUCAUAUAAAACAAGCUUCGUAGGACAGAAAACAUAUUUCUGCUGUUUUUGACGUGUGUCAUGAAGAACGACUGACAAACUCGCACAAUCAGAUUUUUUUAUAUCAUAUACGCUAUGGAAUCUAUGUAGUAUAUUUACCAUCUGUAAAAUGAUCUGUUAACUAAAAAAAUCAACUAUACCAGAAGAAAAUAAAGUCUUUUAGUUCUCUAAAAAACUUAUCAGUCUAGGUUUACUCAUCUGUCCUAACACAUGUAGUCCUGCUCACUUUCAUCAUUGGAAAACACAGCAGAUAUACUUUAGGAUGUUUGACUGACAUUAGGGCCACAGUUUCUCUUUGACACAGGUUUUGUUCGUCAUCGAAAAUAAUAACUGUUGAAUUGUGCAAAUGAACUGGACAAAGAUCAUGUGAGCGUUUGUGAAUUUAGUUUAAGUCAUGAUUGAAUGAAAAACCAAAUCUUGUGUUUUCUGGCCAUUUCAGCAGAUACAAUCCAGAAAAAACUUCACAGAUCUAUAAGAAAAAAUAUUUCAUAUAUUUAAGUACUUAAUCAUUUUUUAUAUAGAUGCAAGUUAAAAGUUCUGCUUUUUGUCGCUGUCGGGCAGUUUUCCAGUUACAACUCUUAAAACUGUGUGUCAUUGUACUAUUAUGGCUUGGCGAGGAGACAUUUCCAGUGAGAGGUGGUACAGGAGUUUUUUUUUUUUUUGCCGACUCAUACCAGUGUCCUCAUGGACAUUGUCAUUUUUGUACUUACACUGAGGGAAGCCCUGGUCCAAAAGAUUCUCAUCCUACCCAUAGUGGCUCUAAGGACACUACAUUGAUUUAUGAUAUUUAGUCUGUUACUUACUGUAGGAAUUUCUGAAGUGAUUUAGUGGGAGAAGUUUCAACUCUGUUACCCUCCAGACAUCUAACGUCAUAUUUUCAAACAAAGAGGUCAUUGUGAGAUUAGGUUUUUAUAUCCCCUAGUCAACAAGGAUCCUCUGAGCACAGGUUCACUUUAGUAUCAGAGUGGUUGUAGGUUAUUUUGUCAAGCUGUACUUAAUGAGCUGUAUAUCAUUUGUUGAAUACAUUGUAUGUGUUACAUUUCAAAGAAUAAAAAGUAAAGGCCCACUGGGGCUUUUAUAUAAUAUCUGUAAA